CUAAAAAUCCAUCUCUACAUUCGUUUCAAAAAUGGCUUCUUCUUUGUUAGUUUUAGCUACCAUUUUUGUGUUAUGCAGCUUUGGUAAAGCUACUCAUCCUGGUCUCAUUUUAACAGUCGUUAACAACUGCCCUUUCACCAUUUAUCCUGCUAUCCAACCCAACGCAGGCCACCCUGUCCUCGAACGAGGCGGCUUCGCUCUUCAUACCCUCACCCACCGUUCCUUCCCUGCCCCCACCGUCCACUGGUCUGGCCGUAUCUGGGCUCGAACCGGCUGCACCUACUCCAACGGGCAUUUCUCCUGUGCCACGGGAGAUUGUGGCCACCGCAUUGAAUGCAACGGUCUCGGUGGAGCCACUCCUGUCACAAUUGCUCAGUUCAGCCUCCACCACGGUGGCCACAAAGAUCUGUCUUCCUACGAAGUCAGCCUUGUGGACGGUUUUAACAUCCCCAUGACUGUGACCCCGCACGAAGGCAAAGGCCUUUGCCCCGUCGUUGGGUGCAGGGCUAAUAUUCUGGCCACGUGUCCCGGCAAGUUACAGUAUAGGUCACCUCCUCAUGGUCCAGUUGUGGGUUGUAAGAGUGGUUGUGCUGCCUUCGGAACCGACGAGCUUUGCUGCAGGAACCAUUACAAUAGCCCUCAAACCUGUAGGGCUUCGAGCUAUUCAGAGUUUUUCAAACAUGCUUGUCCGGCCACAUUUACUUACGCCCAUGAUAGCCCUUCGCUCAUGCACGACUGUUCUUCCCCACGUGAGCUAAAAGUUAUCUUCUGUCACUAGAGGAAGACGAUAAUGGGUUUGAGUUUGUUGAAUAAUCUGUAGUGCUAUGCUAGAGAUAUGGUGAAUGUUUGAUUGUUGGGAUUGAAGCAUUAAUGGUGUUUGAAGAAGUUGAAGUGUGUAAUUGUUUAUGUUUAGACAAAAUUAAUGAAGGUUGUUUUUCAUCUUC